GUAUGUAAUAAUAUGUGUUUUAAUGAACUACAAGGAGUACAGUGCAGUGUUUAUUGUUACAGGAUGCGGUCAUGUGCCGAGUCAAGUGAGGAUGAUGAACCAACCAAACUGAGCAUCGAAAAGGGGGAAUAUACAAGCAGUAAUGACACAGAACCCAGCUCGUAUCCUAAAGAUGAGGCCGAACUUCUCAAGUUGAGGAAGAACAUAGCCAUGGAGCUGCUGUGGGUGCAACAAGCGAUAAACAGCAGAAAAAACUACCUAACUCUGAAGGCAGGGAUGGACUGAAGUCUUACCAAAGCCAUUUCAUCGUUUGUUGUAUGGAACCCAUGCUACAAAAAACAUGAAAAGUCAAGAAUUCCACGGAAAUAAAUGUUUUGCUUCCCAUAAACUAUUUCAGUGUUUCCGACAGUUGCAUCUGUUAAACUACUUCAGUGUUUCCGACAGUUGCAUCUGUUAAACUACUUCAGUGUUUCCGACAGUUGUAUCUGUUAAACUUUUAAAAAAUUCAAACUGUAAAGUGAAGUUCCAUUGACCUAGGACUUAAGUGAACUGGAGCUAAACACAAAACAUUAUGUUUAGCUAAAUGUGAAAGUUGCUGCCUUCAUUGACCUAGGACUUGAGUGAAAUGGAGCUGACCACAAAACAUUACAGUUUAGCUAAAUAUGAAAGUUGCUGCCUUCAUUGGAAAAGGUGAGACUAAAAGGUGUUACCAAGUACGUAGAUGCUGAACUGGUUUGUCACUUGUACAACAUUAUCUUGAUCAACCAAGGUCAAAUAUUACAAAAUACAUUAACAGUUUAGAUCAUAUACUGUAACAUGAAACCUCUUCACUGGUUUAUUUCAAACAGAUUCUAGUAACCUGUUGAUUUUAUGAAGUGUAUGAAUGAACAUUUAUCAGCAAGAAUGCCAAAUGUUUUGUUUAAUGACACCACUUAGAGCACAUUAGUUUAUUAAUCAUCUAUUGGAUGUCAAACCAGUGUGUUCUCGUUUAUUUCCUCCCUUUUUUUUUUUGUCAAAGGAGAUUGUCUGCAUUUUUAUUGGCUUAUUUUCUCACAGUUGAGUGUGUAAUUGUAUUUGAGCGACUUUUAUACAAAUUUUCAAAUUGAGCUUCUCCUGCAAUAAAACACUGGUUUAUAAUGGUGUAUCGUCUAUUUUCCCAUUCAGGUCUAUAUUAUAAGUGUAUAGCUCUCCAUCUAUUGUCUAACAAGAUAGGUCUCCACCAGUCCUUAGGUUUAAAAAAAAAAAGGGGGUAGGCAGGGCUGAAUCAUUGUAACAGCCUUCAAGAUUAAUAAUAUAAUGUACUGUGUAUCAUAUAGGUGUUAAUGAAGUACAUAUACAUAUACAUGUAGGUGUUAAUGAAGUACAUAUAGGUGAGGUUGGAAUGGCUAUGAGAGGUAAAGGAGGAGGCCAUUCAUUAAAAUAAAGCAGCUGUUAAAUAGUAUGUUAUGUUAUAAUUUAAUACAUCUUGUUAAAAUCUUAUAGAUUGUGGACAUUUGUCUUCAGGAAAAACUUUGAAAUGAUGACUCUAGCUGCUGUCGGAAUGCAUCUCAGGUCACUUGUUGUUUUAAUAAAGCCUAUGUCUUUA